UAUAAUCAGAGUGUUGCUUCCUCAUAUAUUAUUAAAAAUAACCCAGCCUCUUUUAGCUUGAGUCAAAAUGCUGCAUUUUCAUCUUUGGCUAUAAAGCAGAGAGGAAGGUUGUUGUUGUGUAUGUUUUUUUUUUCUUAAUUUUUUUGAUAGGUGUAUUACUGCUGGUAAGCAGGACUCGCUGAACAAGUGCUCAGAUGAGCAGUCUGAGCCCAGCACCAGGAGCAGCAGCACUACAGAGCUGGAACUGAGACAGAGGCAGUCACCUCCACUACACGCGACAGCAACAGCCACACACACACACCCUCUCUCUCUCUGUGCCUGCCUUUUUUUCCUUCCUUUAUUUCUGGAGUUGAGAUCUUGUUCGUCAGAGUGCAGGCAGAGAAACGAGUGAGUGAAACAGGGGCUGAAAGCUGCUUUCCAAGCAUCCCAAACGCAGACCUGGCUGCACACAUGCCGAUCGAAUUUGUUUGCAAAAUCAAAUUUGCAGAGGAGGAUGAGAAACAGAAAGGCAACCAGGAUGGGGACAAGGAGAGCCUGAUCGAAGAGAACUGCAGCCCACCAGCCAAGGACCUGGCCGGCUUUGCCAAUUCCUGCUCGCUCCAUGGGAUUAACCAUAUCUUUGUCUCUGGCCGGCUGGGCGUCAGACAGACACUUUGGGCUCUGGCGUUCCUGGUGUCCCUGGCACUCUUUCUGUACCAGGCGGCAAAGUGUGCCAUCUCCUACCUGGAGCAUCCUCAUGUCACGGCGCUGAACGAGGAGGCCUCCCCAGAGAUGGUGUUCCCUGCCGUGACCAUCUGCAACAUCAAUCGUUUCCGCUUUUCUGCUCUUACCGAUGCUGACAUCUACCACCUGGCGAAUCUGACCGGCUUGCCCCCCAAAAAUAAGGAUGGCCACAAGCCCACUGACUUGGAGUAUCCGGCACCGGACAUGCAGGACAUCUUCAACCGCACAGGUCACCAGCUGGAAGAGAUGCUGAAGAGCUGCAACUUCAGUGGGCAGAACUGCUCAGCUGAAGACUUCUCCGUGGUUUAUACAAGAUAUGGUAAAUGCUACACUUUCAAUGGGAACAAAACAACCUCCAGGAAGACGAAGCAAGGAGGGAUGGGGAAUGGGCUGGAGAUCAUGUUGGACAUUCAACAGGAUGAAUAUCUGCCUAUCUGGAAGGAGACGAAUGAGACAUCUUUAGAGGCAGGAAUCCGUGUUCAGAUCCACAGUCAGGAUGAGCCACCCUACAUCCAUCAGCUGGGAUUUGGAGUUUCUCCAGGAUUCCAGACCUUUGUUUCCUGUCAAGAGCAAAGGUUGACCUACCUACCCCAGCCUUGGGGAAACUGCCGCUCCACCAGUGAGCAGAUGAUUCCUGGUUACGAUACCUACAGCAUCAGUGCCUGCCACCUGCGCUGUGAGACUCUUGAGGUUCUGCGUGAGUGCAAAUGCAGGAUGGUGCACAUGCCGGGAGAUGCCGAUAUCUGUACUCCCAGCAAUAUCAAAUGUGUGGACAAAGCACUUGCAUUGUUACAGAAAAGUUCAGGUGACUCAUGCUUCUGUGAAACUCCCUGUAACCUGACACGUUAUGGUAAAGAGCUUUCCAUGGUUAAAAUCCCCAGCAAGGGCUCUGCUCGCUACCUAUCAAGAAAAUACGACAAGUCAGAAGAGUACAUCAGAGACAACUUCCUGGUAUUGGACGUAUUCUUUGAAGCUCUAAAUUAUGAAACCAUAGAACAGAAAAAAGCAUAUGACGUCGCAGGAUUGCUAGGGGACAUUGGUGGGCAGAUGGGUCUUUUCAUAGGGGCCAGUGUUCUUACCAUUCUGGAGAUUCUGGACUAUGUAUAUGAGGUGAUCAAACACAGGCUGGAGCGUUUGUUCAGGCCACAAAGAGAAGACAAGAAGCAAACUCAACAACAGCAACAAGCCAGCACAGUCGCCACAGUAAACCUUGAGGAAAUGAAAGCUAAGGACUCUGGUGAGAUGAGUCGGAGCCACUCGGAGGGAGCUUAUGCUAACACCAUCCUUCCAAAUCACCAUCACCACCACCGUACCAACCACAGAGUGUUUGAAGACUUUGCCUGCUAGGAACCUACCUAACAGUUCUAGUGCUGUUGACAUCAACAUAAAGAGUUCUCUCUGUGCUGAGUUUGGGCUCAAUGAUAGACCCUCAGAUCUCAGUGCUAAUCUCUCUUGCUGUCUCCAGUUAAAGCUACAGCCAAAGUCGAACUCUAAACCCUUGCUUCUGACUGAACGCAGACACAGAUUGGACACCACAUUAUGGUCCAGCAGGAGACCCUAUGACCCCCC